AUGGCUAAAAAUAAUAAAUUCAAAUUCGCUCCAGGAGAAACCCCUAAUUCAAUGAGAGCACGCGAACAUAGACUAAAAAUCAAGAAUAAUAAAUCUAAAAAACAAAGUGCAAAGAUUUCAGGAAUGAAAUCAUAUAUGAGCACAUUUCCAGCAUCUCCAACUCAGUCAGGGAAUACUGCAGUUACAGAGUUACCUCGUGAGAAACCUCAAGAGCAUACCGAUAAUAGGCAUUAUG